CAAAACACUUUGCGUCGAAGUUCGGAGGCUUCAAACUAACUGACAUAUUGGAGAAUAUUCCUCAAACGUUCGACGCCUCAACUAGCUGGACUCGUCAGUUUUGGGGCCAUGCCUUUUGCAAGAGGGAAGAGAGCGUCGCUUACUGCCGGACGCAACAUUCCCAAAGAGGUCGAUUGCGAGAAGCAGGACUCGAAAGGUCCCGGCGUCAAGAGGUCCACUUCGCCUUCUCACGGAGCCCCCGAGAAGAGGAAGGCCUUCGUCGACAUUAGCAAUGCUCAUAAAGUUCACAUCAGCUUCCCAGGCAGGAAGAAGAACUGUGGCAAGAAGCAGGGGAAGAAAACAAGCGCCCCCCCGGAGUCUGAGAAGAGUCAAGCAGAACGACAAAGUUCCUCCUCUGAGAGUUUGGAGGCAAAAGCAGCAUCUGAAAACCAUGACGAGGCAAACGGAGAGGAGAGCGCCCCAGCAGGAGAGGCUGCAGUUUGCCACGUGCAGUCUCACAUCCAGAAACCCCAGAUUCCAGCAGAGUUUGACGUGGACUCUGAGCACCACGACGAUUGCCUCAUGUGUCCCGAGUACGCCAAGGAAGUCUUUGACUACCUGAAAAGUCGAGAGGAGAAGUUUGUGCUGCGUAACUACAUGGCCCGGCAGCCCAACAUCAACGGCGAGAUGCGCGCCGUCCUGGUGGACUGGCUGGUGGAAGUGCAGGAGAACUUCGAGCUGUACCACGAGACUCUGUACCUUGCCGUGAAGCUGACGGACCACUACCUGGCCCGAAACGCCAUCCACCGCGACACGCUGCAGCUGGUGGGCGCCACUGCGAUGCUGCUCGCCUCCAAGUUCGAGGAGCGCGACCCGCCGUGCAUGGAGAACUUUGUUUACAUUUGUGAUGACGCGUACACCCAGCAGCAGUUCCGCUUCAUGGAGGAGCGCAUCCUCCGCACGCUCUCCUUUGACAUCGGCAUCCCCGUCCCCUACGGCUUCCUGCGCCGCUAUGCCAAGUGCGCUAGCGUCGGCAUGGAGACGCUGACCCUGGCACGUUACUUCUGUGAGCUGAGCCUGAUGGACGUGGAGCUGGCGCUGGAGCGAGGCUCACUGCUGGCGGCCGCCUGCCUGUUGCUGUCCCUGCGCACCAAACAUCUGACGGGAUGGUCGCCCAUCCUGCAGUUCCACAGCGGCUAUGGAAUUUCCGAGGUGGCGCCGGUGGUCCGGAAGCUUUACGGCGUCGUGGCGCAGCCCCCCGACGACAAGCUGAAGGCUGUCCGCAGCAAAUACUCCCAUGAGGUGUUUUUCCAAGUUGCCUCCCUGCCGUUGGUGGACUUUGAUGUUUUGGAGAAGACUUUAUCGCCCUAAAAGUCGGCAUGACCACCACCCGAAAGUUCCCUCCGGUGCAUACGUGUAAAUAUGUUCAUGUUUAAUAUUUAUAUGCCUUGUUUGUGCUUUUUAUAUGCUGUUGCAAAAAAGUUUAAAAAAAAAAACAAAAACACUUUUUAUUGUUAAUGUUUUUGCCACACAAAAAAGUUAAUCUUUUUGUCUGUUCCUUCUCUCGUGGCCCUUGUUUUAUUGUAACGUUUCCUUUAAACACCGGGUAUAAUGCCAGCUCUUAAAAUAAAGAUGUUUUUUAUGUGUUUCAUAAA